AUGAUACUGGGAGGCCUGGGUGCUGAGCUUAUCAAAGUCGAGAGACCAGACAUUCUGUAUGCUGAGGAUGACCCUAGAUCAUGGAGACCUCCGUUUGUUGGUGAUGAGAAUGUUUAUUUUCUCAGUGUCAACAGAAACAAAAAGAGCAUUGCUGUAAAUUUCAAAGACCCUAAGAAUGAAAAGGGCUGCAUUCCUCAGCUUGCAGGGAUGUGUGGUGUCCUUGUGGAAAAUGAUCUAUCUAGAAAACUUGAUCAGAUGGGUCUUGACUACGACCAUGUACACAAAGCAGCCCCUAGACUGGUGUAUUGCUCCAUAUCAGGGUAUGGUAGGACAAGUCCCGCAUCUCAUCGACCAGGGUAUGACUCCAUCGCCUCUGCUGUCUCUGGCAUGAUGCACAUCACUGGCCCUGAGGAUGGGGACCCAGUCAGGCCGGGUGUUGUAAUGACUGACCUGGCCACAGGACUCUACACCCACGGGGCCAUCAUGGCAGCCCUGCUGCAGAGACACAGGACAGGGGGAGGUGUUCACAUCGACUGCAACCUGCUUUCCUCUCAGGUGGCUUGUUUCACACACAUUGUUACAAAUUACCUCAACUCUGGGAAGGAGGCCAGGAGAUGGGGGAACAGCCCAUGA